GAAAACAGAGAGAAAAAAGCGAAGUCGAAAGAAAAUCAACUUUGGAUGCCAAACAUAAACCUCCAAUUCUUUCUCACAACACAACAACAAAUAAAGAAGAAACUGAUCGGACGCGACGAGGAAGAAACCAAACAGAGAAAGCAAGCCCAUCUCUGUUUCUCUCUUCGUUUUCGCAUUCCUAACGUAUACGAAAGAGAGAGUGAGCCUUCAUUAAUUAUCCAGAUUUAUUUAUUACAAUUCAUAGCUUCGUCUUCUCUCUUCAAUUUUGGGGUUUUAUUGUCCAAGAAGAGAGAGACAGGAGGAGGAGGAGCUUGUGCUAUGGCGGCCACCUGAAGCUUGUCAUAAAUAAUUUUAUUUUUUAAAGAUAAUAUUAUUGUUGGCAACGGCAUGGCUCAGAAGGAAGACACUGGUAGCCCUGGAUGGAGUGCUGCAUUUUUCAAGCAAACAACAGAGGAUGUUGCAAAAGCUGUUGCUGCUGCAGCCACCAGUGCUCGUUCUUCACGCCCAUCGGUUGUAUUUUCAUCUAAAGAUGAUCAUGGGGGAAGCCAACUUCAGAAACUGCAGUAUCAAGUUUCAAAACUGCUGAACGGUUUCUCAACUCCACCUAAAGUGAAAAGUGGCACUUACAAUCCAGAAAUCCUUACCAGCCUAAAGAGACAGUGGGCAAGCUUUCAGUUGCAAUACUUGGAUCAUAGGUCUUUAAAAGAGCCAUCAAGGCUUUUUGAGAGCAUGGUUGUUGUUGGACUUCACCCUGACUGUGAUAUGAAGGCACUCCAAAGGCAAUAUAUUGACAGAAAGUCUGAAGGUUCUGGAAAAUUGCGAAGUACACUUAGUUACCAGAAUCAAACUCGUGUAGAACCUAAUCUUGAACCUCAGAUCUUAUUUGUCUACCCUCCAGAAAAGCAGCUGCCGCUUAAGCACAAAGAUCUUCUAUCAUUUUGCUUCCCUGGUGGCCUGGAGGUUCAUGCUGUUGAGAGAACUCCUUCCAUGAGUGAGUUGAAUGAAAUUCUUCUUGGUCAGGAGCACCUUAAACAUAGUGACCUCUCAUUUGUAUUCCGGUUACAGGUUGCUGAUGAUUCAACCCUGUAUGGAUGCUGUGUGUUGGUUGAUGAGGUCGUGCAAAAACCCUCUGGAUUGCUCUCUAUGAUUUUAGAUAGACAAUCUUCUGUCUCGUCUUUUAGCCGUUGCGUAAUAACCACACGGAGAUGUUACUGCAUCCUCUCAAGGCUUCCAUUCUUCGAAUUGCAUUUUGGUGUGUUGAAUAGUAUCUUUACUGAAGAGAGGUUGGAGCGGUUGAAAAAGGGUUUGUGUGAUUUAGAUUUGCAGUCCUCAGAGGACUUUAGAAAGGAAGAAACUUGUGUAGAAAAUGUGAGUGAUAUAUCACUGAAUCAUAGAGCUGGAGAGGAGGUGCCAAAUGAAGGGGCAGAAAUGUCCCAAACAAGUUUUGGGGAUCCUAGACCAGGAAGCAUUACUGAUGACGAUCAUGGGAAUGAUGCAGGCCAUCGGUUGCACAAAAGAGUCCUUCAUGUUUUAGAUACAAGUGUCAAUGAUGAUAAUGUUGAAGUUGAUCAUGCAUCUGAGAUGGUUGUAGCCAAAAGAGAAUCUGGGAGUACAAACCUUGAAGAUGGUGAUGCCAAUAUUGAUGAUUUUACUAUGACCAAGAAGACCAUAGAAAGACAAGUACCAAAUGCUGUUCUUCCUCUCCUGCGCUAUUACCAGUAUGAAAGUUCAGAUUCAUCCUCCAGUUUUCAGGGUUCUCCCUGCGAAGACAGAAAUUUUAGAAGUGACAUUGAUGAUACAGAGACGGAAGAGGCAUCGUUCUCUGGUCAGGAGGAUCCUAGUGAUCACAUUGAUAUUCUGGAAUGGGCUAAGGUACGUGGCCAUGGAUCAUUACAGAUACUAUGUGAAUAUUACCGUUUACGUUGCCCUGCUAGGGGUUCAACUUUCAGGUUUCAUCCUUUGGAGCAUCUCCAUCCCCUAGAAUAUCAUAGGCCCGAUGAAAUAGUUUUGCGUAGUGCUGGCUCAACCAUUGAUUUGAGAUCAUGCAAUACCAGUCUGGAAUUUGCCGAGGCACACAGUGCUUUCUUGGCAGAGGAGGAAGCAACUGCAUUAUCAACGUGGGCUGUUGCUUGCAUUUGUGGCUCCUUGCGUCUUGAGCAUGUGCUGACAUUAUUUGCUGGAGCACUGCUGGAGAAGCAAAUUGUUAUUGUUUGUUCUAAUUUGGGUAUCUUAUCUGCUUCGGUAUUAUCAAUUGUUCCACUGCUUCGUCCCUACCAGUGGCAAAGCCUGUUAAUGCCGGUAUUACCUGAUGACAUGUUGGAUUUCUUGGACGCGCCUGUUCCUUACAUAGUUGGUGUAAAGAACAAAACCAGUGAAGUGCAGUCAAAAUUGACCAGCGCCAUUGUGAUUGAUGCCAACAAGAACCAGGUAAAGUCACCAACAUUGCCACAGCUGCCUAAGCUGAAGCAGCUAUUUUCAUCACUAAGUCCUUACCACGCAAAGCUUGUGGGAGAAAGUUACCUGGGAAGGAAAAGGCCUGUUUAUGAAUGCACAGAUGUGCAGAUUGAAGCAGCCAAAGGCUUCCUAGCGGUGUUAAGGUCUUAUUUGGAUUCUCUUUGCUCUAAUUUGCGAUCCCACACCAUCACGAAUGUCCAGUCAAAUAACGAUAAGGUAUCCUUGCUUUUGAAGGAGAGUUUCAUAGACUCGUUUCCUAGUCGUGAUCGACCAUUUAUGAAGCUUUUUUUGGACACACAACUCUUCUCUGUACAUACAGAUCUUGUUCUAUCAUUUUUCCAAAAGGAGUAGUGUGGCCAUGUAAGGUUGGCUUGUAACUCUAUAUCUUGUUGUAUCUUGAACAGAAGUUCAGCAAUAUAUAAUCAUGUAAUUCACAUUUUUUUAAAUGCCAUCAUAUAAUAGGUUCCUCUG